AUGGACUAUUGUCGCGUGCUUGGGAUCCUGCGAGACUUCUCCUUGAUGCAGGCCAUUGCCAUUCGAGCCGACGAGACCAUGGGGACCUGGCACUCAUCUCCAGACAGCAUGGUCUGUGCCGACACGGAUGUUGAAUUCACCAAGGACAAUCAGCUCCCGAAGAAAUUGUCGCCGGCACCCACCUCUUCCAGUUGGCUGCUUGUAGAGAUGGACUGUUGUCGCGUGCUUGGUAUCCUGCAAGACUUCUCCUUGAUGCCACAUCUCCUGGACGAGCGUCAUCAGAUGUUCCUUAAGAUGUCAGCCAUCGUGCUCGUAGAUCUCAGCAGAGAUCGCGUCCUAUCCAGGCGCUUUCCCACUGAAGGGUUGCUGAACGGCCCUGAUGGUUCUGUGUCGAGACGGCGGGAGGUCGAGUUCGGCGUUGGUCUCCACUUGAGGUAGACGGGCGAUGGCGGCGUCGGAGAUGGUGUAGGGAAGGUUGAGAACGCCUCUGAAGAGUUCGGAUCAUCGCUGCAGAAUUCGUGUCUUCUCAGUGAGUAGGGUACUGCCGUCGACGCUGAGAGCAGGAGCAGUGACUUUGGCUGUGGGUCCGUAGACAUCCUUAAUCGCGUUGAGGAGGUUCUUCCAUUCGAUGCGGUCCGCAUACCCUUAUGUCUCCUCGACCCUGCGAGCCGUCCAAGCAUCCUACAUCUAGGGUAGCCGCUAUUGUACAAGGCGGCGACUAUGGAAGAAGGCUGAUUUGUUGUCGCCGGUGGGCGGUUGAUGUAGGCUCUGUUCAGGCGGUUCUUCUUGGCGAACAGGUUGCUGAUGGCGGCGUUGUUGCCACCGAACCAUUCCCAGUGUUGGCGAUGUGCGCGACCGAGGGCAGUCAGGGCCGUCGACUGGACUGUGUCCCGCAGUUGACAUCAUCGGUUCUCCACAGAUGCGUUCUCAUCGUCUUCGGCGGCGGCAGCGGCGGCGGCGGUGGCGGAGACAGCGACGACAACGACGACUGGAAGUUUGGCUGGCCGUUGAGCUAG